AUGGAAGGACUUGAUAAAAAAGUGUUGGAUGUUGCGAAGAAUGAGCUACCCAAGAAUCUUGCAAGUGUUCACAAAAUGUUCAAUGAAGUUGAAAAGGUACGUUGUUUACAAUCGUCUUUGUCACGAUGUCUUCUUCAUUCCAAAUAUUAUUCUAAUUACUUAUUGGCAUCUAACUUGGUGUAUCAAUCUAAACUUGAAAAUCAAUUUUAACUGUAGUUUCAUUUGCUAAUGGUACUUUUUUUAGGUGGUAAUGAUGCGUUUCUCACUUGGUCAACGUAUUACAUUAGAACUCUUGAAGAAGAACGUAGCUAUCAAUUCUAAAAAGUAAGUUGUCGUUGUUUUAUAUAUUAAUCUCUGUUUAGGGCACUUACAGAAGAUCUCAUGGGUAAGAUCUUGGCUAUAUAUCCCAAAUCUUAUCAUAUUGAACUUAAGAAGGAUACGACUACGAAGCCUGGUCAGCCUCUACGGUUCGACCUUUUUAUCAAACCGAAUUUGAAGGAUGGUAAGGCUAUCUAAUUUGUCCCUUUUAUAUAUUGUACUUGAGAUUUUAACCGACAUUAAAAUUUAAUACCAAGGAAUUUUAAUUUUAUUGAUACAUUCAUUAUACUUGAAUAUAGUUUGUGUUUAUAGAUUUGAGUCCGUAUUAUAAUGAAGAUUUGGUUCCAAAGUCACCAGUAAAACCGAGACAAUUGUACACAGUGCCCACUGGGCUAGUUUCGCCACGGAAGAAGCCUCAGAACUUGGAUUAUAUACCUAAAAGUCCGAUGAAGUCGCCGAGAAAAGGCCAAGCUGUUCCAUUACCCAGGUUGGUUCAUUACUCGUUUGGCUAAAUUAAUGUUGGUCUAAUGUUAUUGUUUUAAAAUUUUGACUUUUUGCGCAGUUUAUAAAAUUGAUGUAAUUUUUCAGGGAAGUAAAAACCAGUCUAGGGCCAAAGUUCGAAGGUUGGAGAAAGGAUUGUCGAGAAGUUGUCAUGAAAUAUCAUCUACAUCAACAUCUUCUUGAAGAGCACAAAAAGUUUUUAGACAAGAAUGAAUGUGAGGGUCUGAAAGAAGGCAACUUCCACCCUGAUUUUGUCGUCGAUACCAUUGACGUACCGCCACUUGCCUUGCCGAAGCCUAAACUUCCGAAAAAACAGUUAACCAUGAUGGAUUACUUGAGUAAAGUGCCGGCUACCGGUAUAUUGAAAAGUGUGGAGAAGGUGACGGAAGAGUUGAAGUCGCCAGAAAAGAAGCUCAAGGUGGACAAGGAGAAUGAAAAGACUGAGGUCACUGACAAAACUGUCAAGCCUAAGCCUACAGCUAAAAUGAGUUUGCUAGAAAGGGUAAGUCUUAUUUUUAAACAUUUUGGGUAUUAAAUUGGAGUUGAGGAUAUUAACUUGAAGUUGUUGUAAAAAAUAUAGGAUAUUGAAGUGAAGUAAGGAUUAACUAAAACCAUGUUGUAGAUAAAGCAGAAGGCGAAGGAAGCAGAAGAGCUGGAGAAGAAGAAGGAUCCCGUUUUGUUAGAACGUAUCUCGGCUUUGGAAUCUUUGAAAUUAAAUAUUCUGUCUGUGAUAUGUAGUGAGUACAACAACAGGACAUCGAUGGACAUAACAGAAUUAUACAAACGUGUUCACUUUUCGUUACAAACGAGGAAAGGUGAGCCAAAAACUUUUUUUAAAUCUUUUUUAGUAUUGAAAUGUAUUGUAUCAUAUUUUAGGUUAAUGUUGAAUGUAUUAUCAUGGUAAUUUUAGAUAAGUUCGAACACAUCGUUACCGUAUUAAGCGAAAUAGCUCCGUCGUUGAUAGUGAUAACAACCUUGAAUAAGAAAAUAUGUAAAAAUGGUAAAGAAUGA